AUGAAGCUCCUCCGUAGCCUCGAGGCCGCGCUUUCGACUGCAUUGCUGGUUGAUGUAGCACUCGCCGCAACAGCUGGGAAGCUUAGCAUUCUCUCCAUGAAUGUGGCAGGCCUCCCAGCGAUCCUCAACUCCAAUGACGUCCCGGGAGACAAGACCACAAACGCAGAGACAAUCGGAUCCAAGUUUGCAGAAUAUGACUACGACGUCAUCCAUGUCCAGGAGGACUUCAACUACCAUGCAGCCAUAUAUCGGACGGACAACCACCCGUUCAGGACCGCCACGUCAGGCGGCGUACCGUUCGGGUCUGGUCUGAACACACUGUCCAAGCUGGACUGGGUACAAUUUGAGCGUGUCAAGUGGGCGACGUGCUCCGAUGCGUCCUCUAGCGACUGCCUCACGCCAAAGGGCUUCACGUUCAUGCGCGCAGCCAUCUCGGCCGGCGCCGCCGACAAUACCACGGCGGUAUAUGUGGAUUUUUAUAACCUCCACGCCGACGCGGGAACCGAGAGUGGCGACAACGUCGCUCGCCAAGCCAACAUCAACCAAGUGGCCAGCUAUAUUGCCGCGUCUAGCCAAGGCAAUGCAGUGCUGAUCUACGGCGACACGAACAGUCGGUACAGCCGUGCGGCCGACACGGCGAUCCGGUCCCUGGUCGCGAGCACCAGCGGCACGAGCUUUGGCAUGCGGGACGCCUGGGUUGAGCUCCAGCGCGGCGGGGUCGUUCCUAGUGAAGAAAGCCUGUGUGCUAACCCGAGCUCUAACUACUUGUGUGAGACAGUCGACAAGGUCUUUUACCGCUCCAGCCCGCUGGUAACGUUGAAGGCUGAGACAUUCCAAUAUGUCAGCUCGCUGUUCCUGCAGGCCGACGGGAACGUGCUGUCAGACCACAACCCCGUCAGUGUAAACAUUACGUGGUCCUCUGGCCCGUCUCUACGGCAGAGCGCGUUUUGGGGCGGUCCGCAUGGCACCUGGUUCAGUGAUGUGUCGGCACUGGCAAACGUGAAGAAACCCAAACCUUCAGUGUUGAGCUUCCGUGGCGGGGCUCGUCUCGAUAGUGUCAGCCUGACUUUAACAGACGGCACGAGGUUGACGCAUGGUGGCACCGGCGGCUCGGCGACAUCCAUCACGCUGGGAGCUUCCGAGUACUGGGUCGAGGCGAGGCUGUGUCAGGGGCAGCGGAGCGGCCAGACCCGGAACUUCUACAUCCAGGCGAGCACAACCUCCGGCCGGACCCUGGCUGCCGGAACGGCGACGCAGGACUGCGCGACCUUCUCGGCGCCGAGCGGUUGGCAUAUUGUAGGGUUCCUCGGACAGGCCGGUGACGAGUUGGACCAGCUAGCAUUUGUUUACGCGCCAAAGUGA